AUUUUAUGACUUGUUGGAUUCUGAAUAGAGGGAGGAGAUGCAUCUGAUAAGAUACAUCACUUUGAGAUCACAGCAUGAAAGCAGCAUGAAAUGUUAUGGCGAAGACAGCACAGCAAGAAACAGCAGUCUCACAAAUACUCACAAAUCAGGUGCCUGGUGCCCUGAACCUAUUAACUGUGCAAGAUUUGUGCUUUGGUCCUCUCUUGAAGAUGUGAAGCAACGUCGAGUCUGAAAUUGGAAUUACUAAUAGACUGGAGGAAAUCUUAGUCCUUGUGAUACACACAGACAUGCUGAAUUAUAAGUAAUUCUAGCUUCUUUUCCCCUCCCCUCCCCUUCCCUUAUUCAGCUAUCUCAGGGUUCAUAGAGAUUUCAAUGGUUUGUGUGCCUGUAAGUUUGGAGCAGAAGUGACCAAAAAUGGGGGACCAGCAAUUGUAUAAAACCAACCAUACUGCCAACAGCAAUGAGAACUUGUACUACCAACAGCACCAAAUGAACUCCCUUCCAUCCAUAAAUCACAGUUAUGGGACAUCUGUCAUGGAUGCUCCUCAGGCGUCCCCACUGUCCCCGCCGUUUCCCCAAGAUUCAAGGGACAGUGUAGCUUUGCCUGGAGGGUCAAAAAGUCUUGGGUCAAUGGACACAUCUAGACAAACUAGUUGGACGCAUUCUGUCUCAGGAAACCAUGUCCCUUUAAGGAACAAUCUGAAUAAUCAAAAUGCAAUGUGGAGCCCCCUGGGCCCGGGCGAGUCUCAUGACGGAUACCAAUAUUCUUAUUCUCAACCUAGUGAAAAUCGAUCACAAAAAAUUACCAGUGGGGUCCUGCAUAAAUUGGACUCCUUUACGCAAGUCUUUGCGAACCAAAAUCUACGAAUUCAAGUCAACAACAUGGCUCAGGUUUUGCACGCCGAGUCUUCGCUAGCGGAUGGUUCUGGGGACAGUGCACUCAGGCAGCUGCUCUCUCAGAAGCCAGCGGUGGAGCAACAGCCGGCAACUUCCAGCGUGCAAAGAUACCAAACGGGACCGCAGCAAACACACCCCAAUUUUGCAAACGCGCAGCAAAAGCAACAAAUGCAAGUCAUGCAGCACCCCCAGCUGUACUAUGACUACCAGCAGCACUUAUCGCAGAUGCAGAUGCACUCUGCCUUUCAGCCAGGACAGCCACACGUGCAGCAAAUGCAGUCUGCGCAGCUGCUGCCGCAGCAGAUGCAGCACUUGCCGCAGCCUCAGUACUACGCUCAGCCGCAGCAGGGCCACCAGCGGCUCUCCGUGCAGGAGCUCCAGCAGCAGCAGCCGGCCCGGCAGCAGCCACAGAGGCAGUGUCCAAUGCAAAUAGCUCAGUAUUACCCAACGCAACCUGUCGUGCAGCAGCAGCAACACAUGCAAUUGCAGCUUCCUCCGUACCACAGGGAAGCUGAUCCAAAGACUAUGCAUGAACCACACCAGUACUCUCAGGAUCCGAGUCAUCCUGUACAGCUCAUCCAGUUGGGAGCAGUGCCUCAGUAUUGCUACCAAGACCCCCAUGAACAGUAUAGGCAUUUGUACCCACAGAGUUUACUGCAGCAGCAAGAGGAUCAGCAAAAGCAAUAUCCAAAUGAGAGCCGAGGCCCCUCUCUGAACUCUCACGUUGGCCUCACUCCACCAGAGACAGCGGAGGAUCCAGCACAGCAGGAGGCUAGUUCUGUAGGCAACACUGUUCCUCAUCGAACCCUUCUGCCACUGUCGGGAGCUCAUCUGAACAACAAAAGCUCUCAGCAAGACUCUCCCAGCACUAUGUGGCCUCAGCAGAUGCAACUGUCAGAUGGCAGACUGCAGCCACUGUCCCCAGAACAAAGUGGCCAGAACAGAGAAGCAUUUCCUGAGAGAGGUGACGUGAAGAACAAGCUAACAUGUUCAAUAUGCUUGAAGGAGUUUAAGAGUUUGCCUGCUCUGAAUGGUCACAUGAGGUCACAUGGAGGAGUGAGAGCAUCUCCUAACUUCAAACAGGAUGAAGGAGAGAAACCACCACAGCAGCCGCUGCCUAAAGAGGUGGAAAGCCUCGCACCCAUCGUCAUGCCAGUGUCUGUCCCUGUAAAGCUUCUGUCACCCGAGCCCAGCACGCAGCCCUCUGCCAACUCUGCCGCAGUCAAAGACAAGCCUGGCAAGCCCGUGUCAGAUGACGAGAUGCCCGUUCUCGUGAAGAUGACUUGCUCUCCGCCGCGCAGCCCCAAAGUGGCCAACCCCUGCUCGUCCGCUGAAAUCAGCAAAAAACCUCUUCCAAGUGCUGCAAAAUUAGAAGAAAACUUCAAACCGCUGCAGGACAAGAAGAAGUAUCGGCACAGACCCGAGCCUCUCUUCAUCCCUCCUCCCUCCUUCAACUUCAGCAUGCCCCACUCCGGUGCCACCCUGUACCAGAGCCAGCUGCGCUCGCCGCGCGUCCUCGGCGAGCACCUGCUGGAGCGGGCGCGCGAGCUGCCGCCCUACACUCCGCCGCCCAUGCUGAGCCCCGUGCGCCAGGGCUCCGGCCUCUUCAGCAGCGUCCUCACGGCGGCGCACGGCGCCGCGCACGCGCAGCUGCCGCUCACGCCGCUCACGCCCACGCCCCGCGUGCUGCUCUGCCGCUCCAAUAGCAUUGAUGGAAGUGUCAUUCCAGUGACGCCUGGGCCUGGAGAACAGACUGUUGAACCACGAAUCAAUAUUGGGUCCAGGUUCCAGGCUGACAUUCCUGAGCUUCAGGACAGAUUACUAAUGGAGAAAGAUGUGCACAAGGCUACUUUGGUUUGGAAACCAUGGCCAGAACUGGAGAAUAAAGUCUUCCAACAAAGAGUGGAAGACCUCUUAAAUAUGAGCUGUUCCAGUGUGUUGCCUGGUGGAGGAACUAACUCGGAAUAUGCUUUGCACUCUCUCUUUGAGGCUAAAGGAGAUAUUAUGGUUGCCCUUGAGAAGCUGCUGCUGAGGAAGCCAGUGAGAUUGAAGUGUCAUCCUUUGGCGAAUUACCACUACGCAGGCUCUGACAAAUGGACACAUCAAGAAAGAAGGCUAUUCAAAGAGGCUUUGUCUACCUACAGCAAAGAUUUUAUAUUUGUACAGAAAAUGGUUAAGUCUAAGACAGUUGCACAAUGUGUGGAAUACUACUAUACUUGGAAGAAAAUCUUGCGUUUGGGACGGAAGCACAGAACACGUCUGGAGAAGAAGAGAGAGGAAUGCCUGACAAGUGGAGAAGAGGAAGUUCUAGAGGAAGAUGAGGAGGUGGAAGAAGACAGAAAGGAAGAAAGAGAACUGCAGAAAUCUCCUGAGCCACCUGCUAUCCCUCUUGUUGGGCCUAUAGACCUGCCUGCCCUUCAGAGUCUCACACUUUCUUCAUCCUCCUUCAUCUGUGAAAUGCCAAACUGCGGCGCUGUGUUCAGUUCCCGGCAGGCGCUCAACGGCCACGCUCGCAUCCACGGGGGCACCAACCAGGUGACCAAAACGCGAUGCCCCUUGCCGGGCACGAAGCAGAAGUCGGGUACGCAGAGCGGAUACUGCUCCAUCAAGAGCUCACCCGCCCACAGCACAACUAGCGGCGAGACCGACCCCACAACCAUUUUUCCUUGUAAGGAGUGUGGCAAGGUAUUUUUCAAAAUCAAAAGCCGCAACGCUCACAUGAAGACUCACAGACAACAAGAAGAGCAGCAAAGGCAGAAGGCUCAAAAAGCUGCUGUAGCAGCCGAAAUGGCAGCCACUAUCGCAAGAACUACUGGGCCUGUUGGGCAUGGUGUGAUCCCUCUGGAUCACAUGGGUUUGGUUAAACACGUUGAAAAUGUAGGUGAUGUGGAAGAUGACGUCGUUCAGGAGUUAGGUGACGUCAUGGAAGAGAAUGAAGUCGUGGAUGCUGACCUCUUGUUAGAUGAUGAAGAUGCAGACCUGCUGCACGAUGAUGCUGAGCUGUAAAUAAGAGUUGUUCCAUAGACAGCUACUAAACACAACCUGAAUGCAUCAAUCAGGAAACUUGGACUGCUUGUUAUUCCCCACUGAUUGUAAACUACCUGUUCAAAAUGAUAAUUCUUUUAUCCAGGUCUAGAAAAGAAAUCUGCUUUUUUUUUUUUUUUCUUUUUUAUUAAUUUGUGUUUUGGGGCAAAAUAAAUAAUUGGUACAAAUAUUCUUACAAAGUGUUUUUAUCUGGGCUCGUUUUGCUGAGAUCUUCCAAGGCCAUUGUUUAGAGGAGUUUGUGGUUCUGCUGUCAUUUCCCUCCAGCCUUGCACAGUAGGGUCUUUAGUCUUUAAAUCUUCCAAGUUUCAUUUUACCUCAUUUACAAGAAUUAUAUUCACACCUUCCUGAUGGAUUUUUUUGGUUUAUUUUUUUUGGCCUGCUCUGGAUCACUUCCAGCAUCUUAUGGAGACUAAAUGUCAUCUCUGUUAAGGAGGUGAUUACAUUCCUUUUCUUUGUGCUGUCAUUUUAAGAGAGGUGAAAGAAAAAAAUAAUUUAAAUGCCAAGUAAUUACAGGAGUGAUUGUAUCAUCCGUAACAUCACGGUACCUUUUCAGUUCUGUCUUGCCUUAAUGCACGUGUGAGGCAGUUGGUAAAGGUAUUGGUUGAACCAUUCCCUUCAGAGCUUCCGUUUUUAGCAGGAUAUUGAUCCUCUGAUUCUAACAUGACCUAAUUCAAGGAAUGAAGAAAGAAGAUGAUUGUGCCGUUGCUCCCUUCAGCUGAAGGGAACACUGAAUCAGGAACACUGCCUUGUUAAUCUGAUUGCACUGGAAAUAUAUUUUGCUGUGACAAUAAAUCCUACUGUUGAAUAGCCAUCUCAGUAGAUUGAGGAGGAUGUAUUCUCCAGCAGUUUAGGAGCUGCUUCUCCCACCAGGCAAAUACAGGGAGAUGUUCCUGCCCAAGGGGCAGGCUGGGGGGAGAUGUGCCUUCAGCAGCACGUGUUGCCGUUUCUGUGCCAUGUUUGGUCCUCCUUUUCUUCGUGUGUUAAAUUCAAAUUUUGUUCAUUUAGUAAAACAUGCACCAAAGGUGAGAAGAUGCUACUGUUUAAUUACUCUUUCUUCCCCCUUAGGCUCAGAUUUACAUGCUGGGUUUCUAACUCCACUUAUGUAAGCUUGGAUCUGGUUCUCUGUGUAAGCUGACUCUCAAAAGAAAUGGACUUAAAUCACAGAAGGAAUUGCAGUUAGGUUAUAUGGACCAUCAGUUACAAAAUAUGAGAGUACAGAUUUUGCCACAGGUAAUGGCACUGAUUUUCUUGUGAAUAUUGUGCAGUAGAAGAGCAUUGCUGAUUUUAUAAAGUGUUUUGUAAGACUGAUUUCAGAUCUUCCAAUUUCAUUUUUUUUUUAAACAGCAUGGUAUUUUUUUCCCUUGCAUUCCUGACAUCUUAACCAGAAUCUGAGGGAUUGGAUCUUAUUUUCUACUGCCUGUCCUUCUUGUGUAACUAUGCAAAAUGAGGGUAAACCGCAGCGCUUUGGUUUAGGAGUGUGGGACCACAGGUUCAAAACCAGUGGCACCAGGGGCAGAGAGUCUCUGUCAGAGCCAAACACGGGAAGCCAAAUGACCCGAUGUUUCUGCUUCAGGUCAAAUGUUCUGAUAUUUAAGCCCUUCGAUAGUUGCAGCCCUUCAGGAGCAUGGAAAUCACUUCCCCAUUUCAGGUUAGCGAGGUUCCUGUGUGCGUGAGAUGUUUCGCUAUUUUGGGGUUGUUUCCCAUUUGUGUUGUUUGUUUGCUUGUUCUGAGGU